UUAAUUUUUGUUUUGUAUAAAAGUUGGUACAAUUUCGUUAACAAAAUCAGAAUCAAAUCAAAAAGCGUUCAUUGAACACUUCAUUGAGUUCAGUUUAAAACAGUUUUUCUUCAUUUUCCAACCUCUACUCCUUUAAUCCUUUCAACAACAUGAAGUUCGUAUUUGCCGUAGUCUUGUUGGCCCUUGCUGUUGGUGUUCAAUCAUCUCUGCUCGGUGUUGGUCCAUGGGGUGCACCAUUGGGUGUAGCUCCAUGGGGUGUAGCACCCUGGGGAGGUCAUGCCGCCAUUGAUCACAGUGCCUGGUCUGCUCCAUUAGCCGCUCAUGGCCCAUGGGGAGGUGUUCCCGGAAUUGCUCUAGCUCAAGGUCCAGCUCUUGGUCAUGUUGGUCUUGGACUCGGUCUGGCUCAUGGUGGUCCUGGUGUUUAUGUAGCUAAGACACGUGGUGCUGUUCAUACUGCUCCUUUGGCUGGUCAUAUUGCUUCUGCCACUUCUGUGAAUGUGGCCCCCGCUCCCGGUACUCAUUAAAUCAAGAACGAUCAUAUAUAGCACAUUGAAAACAAACAAAUAAUAGCGUCAUAAUCCCCAAAUAAUUUGUACAUCCCUCUAACCGAUAAAUUCUAUAAUAUAGCACACACUCUAUUAUUACCAAACCCCAUACCCUCCAUUACGUUCCCCAGCAAAUACUGAUCCACUGAUGACAAAUAGUUUAGAGUCCAACAACAAUCAAAAUGAAAUCUUACUGGCACAUUUUUCAGCAACAUUACGAGUAAUUACAUAUAAUAUCUGAACUUUUUGUUAUUCGUCUAUAAACUGUAUCUAUAUCUCUUUUUUUCUACAACUGUCUUUGUCUGUAUCUAUCAUACUCUUUAACUGUAAAUAUUGUAAACAGCAACAUAAAUCUACAAAAAAAAAUUCAAUAAAAAAUCGAUCAUUGAUCUAGAGAUGAUCAAAAUUUUACAUAAAAUAUGUAAAAUAAAAAUA